AUGGAUACAGCGAAAGCUUGGAUUAGUAAGUUGAAAUCUAAAGAUAAGUCAAAAUCUUCGAAAAAGAAGGAAGCCACAAGUAAUGUAAAGGAAGCACCGCAAAAAGCUGGUGGAGGUGAAGAAGCGCUUUCGAAUGUAACAAAGGAGAAAGCUGCUGCUGCAAAACUGUACAUUGAAAACCAUUACAAGAUGCAAAUGCAGAGUCUGCAGGAAAGAAAAGAGCGACGCAAAAUGCUAGAAAAGAAAUUAGCUGCUGCAGAAGUCUCUGAGGAGGAGCAAAACAACUUGAUAAAGGAUUUGGAGAUGAAGGAAACGGAGUACAUGCGACGUCAGAGGCAUAAAAUGGGAGCUGAUGACUUUGAGCCAUUGACAAUGAUUGGGAAAGGUGCAUUCGGAGAGGUUAGGAUCUGUAGGGAGAAGGGAACAGGUAAUGUCUAUGCAAUGAAGAAGCUUAAGAAAUCUGAGAUGCUUCGCAGAGGACAGGUGGAACAUGUAAAAGCAGAGAGAAACUUACUCGCAGAAGUUGACAGUAAUUGCAUUGUCAAACUGUAUUGUUCUUUCCAAGACGAGGAGUACUUGUAUCUCAUAAUGGAGUAUCUACCUGGUGGGGAUAUGAUGACUUUACUUAUGAGGAAAGACACACUUACCGAAGAUGAGGCCAGGUUUUAUAUUGGGGAGACUGUCCUGGCGAUUGAGUCCAUUCAUAAGCACAACUAUAUCCACAGAGAUAUCAAGCCUGAUAAUCUACUACUUGAUAGAGAGGGACACAUGAAACUGUCAGAUUUUGGACUAUGUAAACCAUUAGACUGCAGUAAUCUCCAGGAGAAAGAUUUCACAGUUGCAAGAAAUGUUAGUGGGGCUUUACAAAGUGAUGGUCGCCCUGUGGCAACAAGACGCACCCAACAGGAGCAACUGCUAAACUGGCAGAGAAACAGAAGGAUGCUUGCUUAUUCCACUGUUGGAACUCCUGACUAUAUUGCCCCAGAAGUUCUGCUGAAAAAAGGAUACGGAAUGGAAUGUGAUUGGUGGUCUCUUGGCGCCAUUAUGUAUGAAAUGCUUGUGGGGUUUCCGCCAUUUUAUUCAGAUGAUCCGAUGACAACUUGUAGGAAGAUAGUAAAUUGGAGAAAUUACUUGAAAUUCCCAGAAGAGGUUAGACUAUCACCAGAAGCCAAGGAUCUUAUUUGUAGGCUUUUAUGCAAUGUUGAACAAAGGCUUGGAACAAAAGGAGCAGAUGAAAUUAAGGGUCAUCCUUGGUUCAGAGGUACUGAAUGGGGAAAAUUGUACCACAUGAAGGCUGCCUUUAUUCCUCAAGUCAAUGAUGAGUUGGACACACAAAAUUUUGAGAAAUUUGAAGAGACUGACAAGCAAGUUCCAAAGUCGUCAAAGUCAGGUCCAUGGAGAAAGAUGCUCUCUUCCAAGGACAUUAACUUCGUGGGUUAUACUUACAAGAACGUUGAAAUUGUAAACAAUGAUCAAUUACCAGGGAUAGCUGAGCUAAAGAAGAAGAGCAAUAAGCCAAAGCGGCCCUCGAUUAAAUCCCUUUUUGAGGAUGAAUCAUCUGGUGGUGGCACAACAACACACCAAGGAAGCUUCUUGAAGCUAUUACCUACGCAGGUGGAAGAUCCAGAGAAAGAAGAAGGUAGUAAGUCCAGCUCAUCCGGGUGA